CACCGCAAUCUGUAGGGCUGUACCGCUCUGGCAAAUCGCGCUUACACCUCGCGAUAAAUGGCGCCUAAAUUGGGGCUACGCUGACGCGGGGUGAUUUGAGGAGGGGCAUACGACCGCGGCGCAAAUACAGACUGACGAUAUGGAUGCAGUAUGGCCGCGGCACAUUGGCUCAACUCGCUAGGAUGCCUGUCGCUGUCGCUAUUAUGCCUUUUCGCUACUACUCUUCAAGUUACAAGCGCGAUCGCGAAGGAGGCCACGGAGCCUUCGAGCCCGGCCUCCAUCGCCGACGCAUCGCCCACUAAGCUUCCAAAGUGCGACGAGUCGUUCGUGAGCCGGGGCGGGGCGGUGAGCGGCUCGUUCCACGCGCCGGAGCUCAUCAACCCGAGCAACACGAGCCGGCAGUGUCUGUACACAUUCGUCGCGGCGCCCGGACAACGAGUACUCGUGGAGAUACGAACCUUCAAUCUGCGCGGCAAACCGCCAGAUGGAGCCGCAGUCGGAGAGCUACCAGCAUGCAUGCACGAGUACAUGGACAUCUACUCGGAGAUGACGUCUCUGGAGGCGAGCGAGCUGGUGAACUCGGCGUUCGGCGGACGCUACUGCGGCCCCAUUCCGCCGCGCCGGCGCGUCUCCCUGCACCGCGCCCUCGCCCUCGCCUUCUACACAGACAAGCCCUACACACCGCCCACGCUCUUCACUGGCACCUAUCGCUUCAUCAACUCCUCGGAGUUCGAAGUGGGGUCGCCCGUGCCGAACACGCUGUGCUCGUUCGUGAUCGAGGCGAGCAAGCGCAAGACGGGCCUGCUUCUGUCGCCCACCUACCCCGGCAUCUACCCCAAGGACAUCAGCUGCAACUAUCAAUUCAUUGGACAGCCAGGACAACGGAUACGCCUAGAAUUCAGAGACUUCGAUCUAUUUUUCGGAGGUCCACAUUGCCCCUUCGACUGGGUGCGCGUGUACGACGGGCCCGACAACUCGUCGGCGGUGAUCGGCACCUACUGCGGCCAGCAGCGCAACCUCGUGCUGUACUCCAGCGACGAGCGGCUGCUGGUCUCCUUCUACACGCUGCCGCGCGCCGCCAACACGCAGAACCGCGGCUUUAAGGGAAUAUUCGAGUUCUCAGAGAGUUUCGUUAAGUUAGAUUUUAUAAGCAAACACGAUGCAGAGCACAUCCGGGGCUCAGAGUGCGAUCAGAAGAUUCUCAGCAAGAAGGAGUCCACCGGCUUCGUGUACCAUCCAAACUAUCCAUUCCCUUAUAUACAAAAAGUUGUUUGUAGAUAUUUUAUAUACGGUAUGCAAGACUCGCAGAAUUUGGAAAGAGUCCGCCUCGAAUUUCAAAACUUUUCUAUACCAAAGGGUGAACCGAAACCGGAUUCUUGUGCGGACGGGUACCUGAAGGUAUACCUGCGAGGGCAGGAGGCGACGGACUCGUACGACAAGCACGACGCCGAGCUGUGCGGCGAGGGCGAGCCUGGCCCGCCCGCCUUCCCCCCACCACUGCUCUCAGACGGUCCUCGCCUCGUCAUGGUCUUCAGCUCCGGAGAGCUGCAGGGCCGAGGUUUCAAGGCCAAGUACACAUUCGAGACCGAGUACCGCGUGCCGGGUACAGCGGCGCCGGGCGGUGAGUGCGCCUUCACAUACCGCUCGGAGGCGAAGAAGCGCGGAGAGUUCAAUUCGCCGCGAUAUCCCAGCAACUACCCCUCGCGUACUGACUGCAGCUACACCCUCGUCGCCGCACCCAACGAACAGGUCACCGUCGUCUUUGACCACUUUAAAGUCAAAGCGGAUGCCUGGAACGCCACCGCAGGAUUGUACGGCGGUGCGACAUGUAGCGAGGACUGGGUGGAGGCGUGGUGGACAGGACGCGAGGGGUCUCGAGUGCCGCUGGGCAGGUGGUGCGGACCUGCCACACCUGGCCCGCUGCAGUCACCGCGCGGUGCACUCGGCCUGCUGCUGCACCUGCACACCAACAACGAGGCCGUCGCCUCAGGGUUCAAGGCCAGGUAUAUAUUUGAGCCAGCGAAGUCUAUAUUCGGUGACUGCGGUGGCAACAUGUCGGGGGCGGAGUACGGGGUGAUCACAUCGCCGCUGCACCCGGCGCCGUACGCAGCGCCCGCACGCGGCGCCGCCUCGCGCGUCUGCAACUGGUUCGUCACCGCGCGACCCGGCAAGAGACUGCUCCUCAACUUCCAACUCUUCGCCGUCGAGGGACAUCUCAUCGAUCGCGGAUGUCCGGCGGCGGUGCUGCGGCUGUGGUACGAGAGUCCGGGCCCACCACUGGAGCUGUGCGGGGAGAAGGCGCCCACCGACCGCUGGCAGUACCUCUCCUCCUCCAACUCCAUACGUCUCUCAUUCAUAAUAGCGGACAAGUCAGUGGGUGCGGCGGGAUGGCGCGCUAUCUGGACAGAGGUGACGACGGAGACGGAAGGUUGCGAGAACGCGUGCGCGGGCGCAUGUCUGCCUCGCGCCGCCGCCUGCUCCGGACUGCAGCACUGCGCCGGCGCCGCGCCCGCAACUAAACCACCACACUGCGCAGCGAGUGCGGGGGGCGGGGCCGCGCCGCUAGCUGCGCUGAUCGUGCUCGCGCUCGUGCUCGCCGCCCCGCACUGACCGGGCGCAGCGCACGUGAGUCUCUGUCACACCUCGGCCACGCCACCUCGUCCGCCCAUACGACGCUAUCCAUGCUCAGUUUAUUUCGGCGCUGUCCAUGCUUCUCGUAUCCAGUUCGUUUUUUUCAGCGCUAUCCAUGCUACUCAUACCCAAGUCGUUUCUUUCGAGUUCCUUGAUUUAAUCUUCACAUUUCCGUUGCAGCGCAUUUCAUCCGGCUCGAUGGACCAUUUUUUGAUUUAAAUAAAAUCUUUUAACAGUAAAUGCUUGCUUUAGAUUUAUUUGGAGUUAAUUACACGUGGACUAAUAAAUUCCUUGAUUUACAUAAUAAAUAAUAUUCGUUAAAGGAAAGUUUCUUAUUCAUGG